AUGAAUCAAACUCGUGCUGCAGGGCUUGUUAUCUAUCGGUAUAUAAAUCAAACUGUACAGUUUUUAAUGUUACAAACUUCUUAUGGACAACACCACUGGACUCCGCCAAAAGGCCAUGUUGAUCCUGGAGAGUCAGAUUGGAUAACAGCUUUGAGAGAAACAAGUGAAGAGGCUGGGUUAUCUGAAGAACAUUUAGAAGUUUAUAAAAAUAUUUCCAAAGAGUUACAUUAUGAAGUAAAUGGGAAACCAAAGGUGGUUGUUUAUUGGCUUGCAAAGUUGAUAAACCCAGAUAUGAAUGUAAGAUUAUCUGAUGAACAUCAAGACUUUAAAUGGCUUGCUUUGGAAGAGGCACAGACAAUCUCUGGAUUUGAUGAUAUGACUAAGCUUUUAGCAGAUUUUUAUGAGAAAGCUAUGGCCAUGUCACAUUAG